GCCGAGCUCAACGAGGUAAUCUUGCAGCCACCAGCCAAAACCACAGGAUUUGCCGUACAAGAAGACCCAUUGGGCUUCCUCGGCCAUUCACCCAACCCACACCCGCACGCCUCGUCUUUCUGGUUGCUCGUUUCUGGUUGCUCGUUUCUGGUUGUCCGUUUCUGGUUGCCCUGGACAUCCAACUAGCACGAGAAAGCGGCACCAGACGGCAGCUCCAGCAGCUCCAGCAGCUCCAGCUCCCAGCUCCAACCCCAGCUCCAGUUGGGCGGGGAACAACGACCGUCAGGGGAGCGCAACCGCGAAUUGGCCGCUGCAAGAGCACAUCAAGCAAUCAAGAGCGCGAAUAAGAAGCUGCGUCGAUCGCCAAGCCCACACCCAACCACAGGGCCCCUCGCCGCCGUCGUCAAACCACUGGCCCCUCUCCCGCGAUGCAGCGCGCCCAAGCCCGGCUCUUUUGACUCGCCCAAUUGCCUCGCGUCAAACCCCCCCCCGACCAUGGAGCUGCCCCUCCACGACCCCGAGCCCUUCUGGGCCGUCACCCCGGAACCAACCCCAGACCCGUCCGCUCCGAAGAGGCGCCCGCCCCGGAAGAAGACGGCUGCCCCUGCCCCUGCCCAGCUCGCCCUCCCCACGCCGCCGCUUGACCCCGGGAGUCCCCAAGGGUCGGUCGCCGCCUUCUGCCCAUCGCUCCAGCCCAAGUCCGCCGUGCUGGACCAUGCGCCCUCAGAGCCCGAGUCAGCACAGGCUGGGCCACCGCAGAUCCACGGCCAGGCGUCUGGCGGCUGGACGCAACCUCUUGGCCAAGAGAAUGGCGAGACUGGAUACGGCGACAUCUUCACUUGCACAUACGACUCCGAAAACGACCAUGACGACCACGACAACAACAACAACUAUGAUGACGACGAGGACGACGACGGCCACGGCGGCGACCACCCGGCCUUGGCCGCCGCGGGCUUCCCAGGCCAGGCGGCGCACUUGCAGGAGGUGGACUCUCCUUUUCUCGACUGCUACCUGUCGGAGGAUACCGACGACGAGUCUGGAGGAGCCCAUCUACCCCAAGAGUACCUCGGCAUGUCCUCAAAACACGCGGCCCAAGGGGCCCAGUUAUAUGACUACGACGAUGAGGUCGAUAUAAGUUCGGCCGACGAUGAGGAACAGGUUGAUGUCGACUCGGCGAGCGAGCACGGCCACGAGCAAGAUGCUUACGAGUCGGCCCUGCAACCCUUCGUUGACAUGCCAAGCUCGGUCCUCGAGGCAUACAUGCACGCCUCAUACUCGGCAGUCCCGUCACUGACGCCUCAAGGGGAGCCGUCACCCAUAAUGGUGCCGGGUCUCACCUUCGACACGGCCGCCCACGCCGCCCACAUCGAAACGGCCACCCAUCAGGCAGCAUACCAGCAGCCUCCCGUGCUCGUGUCAGGUUCGCAUGUUCACUCGACCGGCGGCGGCGGCACCAUACCCAUUAUGGACGCCAUAGGCAACACCAACUUUCUGGCGCCCGGCAACAUGAGCCUGCAGAGCCUCGUGUUCUCGUGGGUGGGUCAACCCAGGCAUGCUUUGAGGAGCUUGUACGGCGAGGAUACGAGCCGCCCGUGCUUCAACAGCGCCAGUGCCCAGCUCCUUGAUUCCAACAAGCCCUUCCGUGUCGAGUACGGCCAUCUCGAGGGUGACCGCUGCGACCUGCAGGGUAUCGACUGGGAAGCCAUGGGCGUCUCGAGACAGUCGGCCCGCGAUCGCCGGCUCAUGACGUACCGCAACUUUGUUCACGAGCGAGGCUCGGACAAGUGGAGGCCCGAAUACCCCGAUGUCCACCUGCCUAGCACAGACGACUUCUUUCGAUUUAAGCGCAUGGACAUAAGGAAAAACGGGUACCUUGCACACUUCCAGCUCCGAAACCUGGUCGCUUGCACGGCGCCCAACCAAAUCUUUUACACCGGCCAGGCCGCGGUGCACAGCUUUGACCCACGAUCCAAGAGCAACGAGACGGCGCUGAAAAGCACCGAGAACCCGGACUGUCCCCUCUCGACCAUGGACGCGGCCCACAACGUCUUGGUCGCUGGCAACUUUGUUGGCGAGUACAUGGUGCGCCGACUCGGCCACGACACUUAUGACCAGCCGUCACAGUUCGAAGGCACCUUGACGUCAAGCUCCUCGGCCAUCACCAACCAUGUGCAGCUGUAUAUGCCACGGCGGUCGUCAGCACCACAAGCCUGCUUCGCGUCAAACGACGCGGGCCUGCGCAUCCUGGAUAUUGCCACCAACACCGUCCUGUCCGAGACCAUGUUCGACUUCCCCAUCAACUGUACUGCCGUGUCCCCUGACGGCCAGCUACGCGUCAUGGUCGGCGACCAAAAGGAAGUGCUAGUGGUGCCAGCAGACGGGAGCCGCAUCAACGUCGUAGGCUCAGCGUUUGGCGGUGCCGACGCAAAGGCGCAGGCUGAGCGACAGCUCCCUGGCCACCGAGACCACGGUUUCGCUUGCGCCUGGGCUGACGACGGCCACACCAUCGCGACGGGGUUCCAGGACCAAGUCGUCAAAAUCUGGGACGCGCGCAACUGGCACGCGCCCGUGGCCACGAUCCGCACCCACAUGGCCGGCGCGAGGUCGCUCCGCUUCUCGCCCGUCGGGUCCGGACGCCGCGUGCUGGUGGCGGCCGAGGAGGCCGACUACAUCAACAUCAUCGACGCCUGCACGUUCCGGUCCAAGCAGACCAUCGACUUCUUUGGCGAGAUUGGCGGCGUGGCCUUCGAGCCAACCGAGGGCCGCGACCUCUACGCCUUUGUGACGGACCCCGCGAGGGGCGGCAUCAUGCAGCUCGAGAGGUGCAGCGGCAUCGGCGCCCUCUCCAACGAGAUGAUGCAGUACCGUCCGCAGCGGCAGCGUCCCGGCGGUGGCAGCCAGGACAGCUACGGCGCAGAGAAACAUGCGUAUCGCGGCGGCGGUUUUAGCGACGCGAGGUGGCGGCCGCCAGCCCAGGUUCCAUCACAGUGGCAGCAGCAGCAGCAGCAGCAGCAGCAGCAACACCGCUGGCAGCCGCAGCAGAAGGUGGCAUGCAGCCAGAGGCGCGCCUGGGAUUCACCACCCGCCACAUCGUCGUCCGACUGGCCCCAGGGCUCCAUGUCGGCUGCUACACGAAAGAACCGCCGCGCACAGGCCAGACGACGCCAUCGUGAGGCAGUUCUCGACUGCUUCGAUGGCCUAUGA